AUGGUGCAAGACCCCAACUUCUGGCGCCGCUUCUCCGUCGCUGUACACAACGAUGAAGCCGCCAUGCUCUUCAAAGACUCUGAACAUGGCCAAAAGGAAACCAAGCAUGCGUACGUCGUGUCCCUUUCCUCUCCUACAGUCUCGCCUGUCGCAACACCAACUUCGCAAUGCCACCUCUCGCCUGUGCUGCCUGCCACGGUUUUCACGCGUCCCAUAUCUGCUCCCGCCUUUGUUUCUAAGCAAGACGGAAAAGACAAGCAGAGAAGCAGAGCAACGAGUGGGACGAAGAGUGUGUGCUUUGACGCGAACGAGGACAAAAUGCCCGAGAUGAUAGCACUGCACCACCUACCCUCCUGCCCCCAACUUUCCUUCGCCCCCGAAUCACUCCCCUCGACUCCCAAAUCCGCGUACUUUGCACCGGACUCGCUGCCUUCAAAGCGUGCCUCGCGGCGCGCAAGCCGCUUCCGCUUCGCCCUCUCUUCCCACCCGCCUUCCCUGCCCCCAACCCCCAAAUCCACACACUUCCCCCCUUCCACACUACCAUCAAAGCGCACCUCGCGGCGCUUCACAAAAAACUCCAACACCUCGCGCUUGUCCUUUGGAUUAUCGCUGAGCGGCCGAUCGAAGAGCAGCUUCCGCUUCUGGACGACCGUAACCGCUGACCCCUACCCUAGAGAUUCCUGGCUCGAGGGCCAGAAACGAAAGGCUCGACAGCGCGCCUACAUGUGCUGGGCGUUUUGGAUGGUGUUUCUUGUCCUGAUCGUCGGCGCUAUCGUGGUCCUGGUCGUGCUGAGGAGGGAAGGCAUCAUUUGA